AUGGAUCGCAUAAGCAAUCUACCAGACGAGGUUCUUUCUCAUACCUUGUCCUUUCUUACCACAAAGGAGGCUGCUUUGACAUCUGUUCUCUCCAAGAGAUGGCGCAAUUUGAUUGCGUUAGUCCCUAAUCUUGACGUUGAUCACUGCGAUUUUCGACAAAGCUUUAUGGAUUUUUUGGAUAGAGUAUUGGCAUUACAGGGUAAUGCUCCCAUUAAAAGAUUCUACCUCGGUGGUAUGGGAUGUAUUGAUUCAGAACAUGUGAAUGGUUGGAUACAGAACUUGAUGGUACGUGGUGUUUCGGAGAUUGUUCUAUCGAUCUUUGAUGAUAACUUGAAUCGUAUGUUUCCAAAUGUUUUCCAGAACAAGAAACUAGUUAAGCUGGAAUUAAGAUAUGGAUUUGAUAUUUGUUUGAUGGACGAGAGCCUUUUCUUACCGACGCUAAAAACUCUAGUUCUGAAAUCAGUUUCGGUAUCUGUUGAUAAGUUUGAGAUUCUUCUCCAUGCUUUGCCUGCGCUUGAGGAAUUAGUCCUAUGUAAUAUAAACUGGUACCAUUGGGAUAAUACUAUGACUGUGACUGUGACUAUAUCAAGUGCAAGCCUCAAGGCCUUAACAAUAGAGUCCAGCGGUCGUAGUCUAUCUCCCAUUUCAUUUGAUACACCUAGUCUUGUGUACUUUUGUUAUUCCGGUAUGGCCUCGAAAUAUCAUUUUGUAUCUAGAACGAAAAACUUGGUUGAGGCUCGAAUCAGCAUGUGGGGAACUCGAGUAGAGACUGCGCGAGAAAGAUUGCGAAACGUUGUUAUUAUUCGAUUUUCAGAUGUUGGGAACCUUAUGAAUGGCAUUCGAAAUAUUCGGUGUCUAGUUCUGUCUCCUAAUACUCUUGAGGAGCUUUCUUUAUGUUGUAAAUCAUUGCCAGUGUUCAAAAAUCUCAAGUCAUUAACUAUUAAAAGCAACAAUAGUCGAGGAUGGCAAGCAAUGCCGGCUCUUCUAAGGAAAUGUCCGCAUUUAGAAACUCUAGGUGUCUUGCACAAUGUCACUGAUAAAUGCGGGGAUGCUUGUGACUGCGUUUCUCGGGAGGAAAAGGGUCGUUCACUUAAAUCUUGUCCCGUAAAAGUGUUAGAGAUUAAAGGGUUUAAAGGAAGAACCAAAGAGAUGAACUUGAUAAAACAUUUCUUGAACUAUUUUCCAUGUUUGAAGGAGAUGAAGAUCUAUAUAGAAGAGAAUGAUCCUGCACAACUCAAAGUCACUGAAGUUUCUAAAUUUAUGGGGAAGAUUAUGAUGGAACACUAUAACAAGUCAUCAAGUUGCAAUGUCCAGCUCCUAGUGAGUGGUAACUUGUAUAAGAAGUGGACGACCAUAUAUAAAUAA